AUGCCCGAUCCAAAGAUGAAUGAACAGGCAAGGGCCUCAAUGCACGAAGGCGAAGGCGUUACUGAUUCCGGGGAGCCAGUAGAACUGCUCUAUACAAACCUGACGGAUCCUUCUGGACUUGCCGACCUCCUCCUGGAUGCGAGAGUAGACAUUCGCUUGGUGCGGGGAACGUGCCUGAAAGCUCUUGAGAGGGAGAAGCAGACUUUCAUCCGUCGCCAAGAGUUGGAAAGCCAUCCGAGGUACCCGGAUGCUUUCGUCACAUGCGAGGAGUUACAGAAGUGGAAGACAGAUGCAGCAUAUCGCAGCAAGGUUCGGAUUAUCGGCGUUUCUCAUGUGUGGGAAACCAGGGAGCAUCCUGACCCUAGGGGAAAUCAACUGGCAUUGAUCGCCGGGGCCCAGCUUUGGCAUGACGAGUACUCCUGGUACUUCUUGGACUACAUGUCGGUGUAUCAGUUCUACCGCACAAGUGUCCAUCAGAACAGAAGUUUUCAGUACACGAUGAUGCACAUGCACUUCUUCUACACUCAUGAGUACACAUGGACCUACCGCAUUGAGGACUUGGCCCCGAUUGAAGAAGCUGAUCUACAGAAGCUAAUUCAAGUAUUCUUCACGGAGACGGGGAUCCCUGAAGAUGGAAAGGUGGAUGUUCGGCAUUUGGCAGAUCUCGUAGAGAAUGCCACACCCUAUUUCCGGCGCGGUUGGUGUGAAGCUGAAUGCCAGUGGUCAAGCAUGCGAAGCAAAUCUCGACAGACUGUAUCGCUCUCCAACGUAUCUCCUCAGACGUGGACCAGAGCUCCCAUGGCACCUGCGGUCUUUCAAACAAAGGUGGCUAACCGCGAGCUUUUGUUCACACACCAAGACAGUGCCGAGGCCGUGAAGGAGUUGCAGGCACGUGUGUUCAUGGAGAAGGCGGACGAGUGUGAGACCCUGGAGCUAGCCCUUUUGCCCCCUCGCGAAUUCCCGAUCCUCUCUGGCGCGCUGCUGCUUUACAAGCACCUAGUUGUCUUGCAGGUAAGCAACAGCCAGGUUGACUGUCAUGGUGCGGAGGCCUUAUCCACCGCGCUGACGAUGCGAGAACUACAUCUCAACAACCUUCGCAUCCCUGGGGACGCAGUGCGCAAACUAGCCCUGGGCUUCAAGGGCAACGGCACACUGUUGAAGGUGACAUUCACUUGGUGCCUGGUGGAUGCGGAAGGUGCAGAGGGUCUAGCAGAAGCACUCGCAUGCAAGAAGACUAGAUUGGAAUCCCUGGAUUUAUCUCACAACGUCCUGAAGUGUAAAGGGGCCAAGCACCUCGCCGAUGCCUUGAUCCAGAACUGCGUCUUGCAAGAACUGGACCUGAGCUCCAACAUCAUUGCAGAUGACGGGGCAGCCAGCUUCGCAGGCCUCUUCAAGAGCUCUGCCUUGAAGCUGUCGCUCGAUGACAACUGCUUCGGGAAAGAGGCCAUCGCCAUCCUGCAGAAAGGCCGGGACGAGGUCUUGAGUACACGGGGCGGCAAGGUCGAUUUCAUGAUCAGCUACACCGGCGGCCCAAAGAUUUUUCAGAAGGAGUUUGGGGUUUUUGCAACAAUUUUCAUGAUUAGUCUCUUCACCUUGUUUGGCCAUGUGUAUUUGACCGUAUGGGCCUUCUGUCAAUACUUCCAGAGGGAAGAACUGCCGCCACCAGAAGCACCACCUGUUGGAGAUCUAGAGCUUUUUGGCGUGUGGUUCACUGUCCCAAGCAUACUGCUAGUUAUUUCAGCGCCUAUCUUGGCCUGGUUGCAGUCUGCGACUGCUUAUUCUAUCUGGACAAGGAUCUGGGUGUGUUACUCUGCCGUCUGGAUCCCUGCCAUGCAAUUGUAUACCCUCGUGGCGAUUGUUCAGUCCCCCGUCGACCUUCACGUGUGGUGGUACUAUCUCGGUGGCAGUCCCACACUCCUUUGGGAAGCUUCUAUCCUGCUCUUGGCCUGGCUAGUGAUGUUUCACCCCACUCAACGCGCCGUAUUUCGGCUUUACAUUCGCGAAUGUCGGAAGCUUUGA